UGUCAGCAAUCAUGCCUGAUCCACCCACCGUCAAAGCGCCCAAGAAGGGCUCCAAGAAAGCCGUCUCCAAGGCCGUCACCAAGGGCGGCAAGAAGAGGAGAAAGUCCAGGAAGGAGAGCUACGCCAUCUAUGUGUACAAGGUGAUGAAGCAGGUGCACCCCGACACCGGCAUUUCCUCCAAGGCCAUGGGCAUCAUGAACUCGUUCGUGAGCGACAUCUUUGAGCGCAUCGCCGGUGAAGCCUCUCGUCUGGCUCACUACAACAAGCGCUCCACCAUCACCUCCAGGGAGAUCCAGACCGCUGUGCGCCUGCUGCUGCCCGGCGAGCUGGCGAAACACGCAGUGUCUGAGGGAACUAAGGCCGUGACCAAGUACACCAGCUCCAAGUAAACCUGGUGUAGACCACCAACACAAAGGCUCUUUUAAGAGCCACCCACUUCUUCUGAAGACCAUUUCCUUUAUAAUUGAUUGUUUGUAACAUUUACAACGGUUUUGAAUGCAUGGGGAAUACAUAACUUUAAGUUAAUGCAUCAGAUAAUGUGUCGUGGAAGCGCAAAACCCCUGCAGUUUUAUUCAAAUACUAACCAGAUUAUAUUGGAAUCUCUUGUCAAUGUUGUGCUCUUUUGUGGGCCAUGGCAGAUUAUCAGCAGAUUCUUUCCUAGAAUUUUGUCAUGCAUUUACGAAUGUGCACAUUUAAAGGCUGCAUCACACGGAAUGUGUUUAUUAAAAAGAAAUACUGGUGCAAUUUCAACGCAUUUACUGUAAGAAACUAGAAUAUAAUAUGUUUAGCAGUACCUUGCAUGAUGUUUGGAUUAAAACAUCUAAUUAAAUUGUAAUUUGAUCUCUGGAUUCAACAAAAUAAAAAUAACACUAGAUAGUUUUGCGAAUAGAAAUCAGACUCUGAUCUGAUUCUUAAACCCAUCAAUUCCAUACGUCAGCUGUAAGAAAUUGCUUAAAAUUUGACUUUUGUUGCCGUCGCUCGGGCCUUUCCACUCUGUCGCUCAUUGGACUGUUUCAGUGAAAGAAGUGUCUCGGAACUCGUCAAACCCUCGUUUUAUAUGUCCUGACACGCGCACCAACCAGAGAAGAGGCUCCAGACACGAAGCUCAGUUUUUGGCGGACAGUUUGAAAUCAUUUUCCGCCAAUGAGCAGCGGAGACUCGC